AUGUCGGCGUCCGCCCGGCUUCUACCCAGGCCAUGCGCGUUGCGGGCUCCCCGACUCGCCACCCAGCGUCUUGCCCUCCGACCUUUCCACUCAUACGAUCACCCGCCGCCUCCCGGGCAAUUCGGCGAUGCUGAGAAGACCAUCCUCGCCGCUGCCUAUAAACACGUCCCCGAGCACGGCUUUUCCCAGCGAGCCCUAGGUCUCGGUGCCCGUGAUGCUGGAUAUCUCGAUAUCAGCGCCAGCGUUCUUCCCGAGGGCACCUUCAGCCUCAUCAGAUACCACCUCGUCUCUCAGCGCGAGGCCCUAGCUUCCCGCAACGGGGAGCUCAUCAAGGGGUUAGAAGGCCAGUAUGGAAUUGCUGCCCGCGUCGAGGCAUUGACCUGGGAGCGAUUGAUGGGUAACAAGGGGGUUUUGGACCGAUGGCAAGAGGCAUUGGCUGUCAUGGCCCAACCCAGCUACGUGCCCGCAUCUCUCAAGGAAUUGGCCGCACUGGCUGACGAGAUCUGGUUCCUCGCCGGUGACAAGGCUGUCGACCCCUCGUGGUACUCAAAGCGCGCAAGCCUGUCCAUGAUUUAUAGCACCAGCGAGCUGUUCAUGACCAACGACCGGUCCCCCGACUUCGUCGAGACGAGACAAUUCCUCCAGCGGCGGCUCGGUGAGGCCAAGUCCCUUGGUGGUCUGGUUGGCUCCCUCGGCCAGUGGGCCGGUUUCACCUUCAACGCGGGCAUCAAUGUCCUGAGAAGCAAAGGAGUCCGUGUCUAA